GCACCUGGUGAUGGCUAAGAUGGCGGUGCUGGUGUUGUCGGGCAGUCCGCUUUUGACCUUCAUCAAGAGAUCAAGAUCCUUCCUUUCGGCCGCCGGAAAGGCUGCAGUCCGAGUUCGGAGCCGGUGUAAGAGUUGCAGGAAUAUCCUGCACCUUCACCGGCGAGGCAUCUUUAAGGACAUCUUCCCAGAGGGCGGCGACCUUACCCAGCUCCUCGAAUCCGGGCCCCAGACCUUGUACUGCGGCUUUGAUCCCACUGCCGACAGCCUGCAUAUUGGUAAUCUGCUGGCUGUCAUCGGCCUGCUGCACUUCCAGCGGGCUGGCCACCGCGUCCUGGUGCUACUGGGAGGAGCCACAGCUCGGCUGGGUGACCCGAGCGGCCGCAGCAGCGAGCGGGAGGCCGUGAGUGCGGACGCGGUGCAGAAGAACGCCCGGGGCAUCCAGGAGGGGAUCCUCAGCGUCUUCCAUAACCACCGUCUUUGCUUCUGCAAUGAUGCCGAAGCCGCCAGUUUGGGGCCGCUCAGUAUUCUCGAUAACUGGUCUUGGUAUAGGGAGAAGGAGAUAGUUAGUUUCCUGGAUACAGUGGGUCGACACUUUCGGAUGGGCACCAUGCUGAGUAGACACAGCGUACAGUCCCGACUCAAGAGCCCAGAGGGCAUGAGUUUGACAGAGUUCACUUAUCAGAUGUUUCAGGCAUACGACUUUUAUUAUUUAAAUCAACAUCACAAUUGCAGAAUCCAACUGGGAGGGACAGAUCAACUGGGUAACAUGAUGUCUGGAUACGAAUUUAUACACAAGGUGACUGGGGAAGACGUUUAUAGCAUCAUGGUACCACUUGUAACCAGUUCAUCAGGAGACAAGCUGGGAAAAACUGCCGGAAAUGCAAUAUGGUUGAACAGAAACAAGACUUCACCCUUUGAGUUCUACCAGUACUUUGUCAGGCAACCAGAUUCAAAUAUAGAAAGGUAUCUAAAACUUUUUACCUUCAUUCCACUUCCUGAGAUUGAAAGCAUCAUGGACAUCCACAGAAAAGAUCCAGGAAAGCGAAAUGCCCAGAAACGACUAGCUGCAGAAGUGACCAAAUUGGUUCACAGUAAAGAAGGACUAGAUACUGCCAAAAGAUGUACAAGUGCACUCUACCAUAGUAGUAUGGAUGCCCUAGAGACUAUGUCAGAUGAAGAACUGCAAGAAUUGUUUAAAGAGGCACCGUUCUCUGAAAAUCUCCUUGAGCCAGGCACAACAGUGCUGGACCUUUGUCGUAAAGCUAGUGCUAUUCCAGAUGGCCCAAGGGGGUACCAGAUGAUCAUGGAUGGUGGAAUUUGGAUUAAUCACAUACGAGUGACAAAACCAGAACAAGUGCUAAUUUUGGGACAGCAUAUACUGACAAAUGGGUUAUCAUUGCUUAGAGUUGGAAAGAAGAAUUAUCACAUAGUCAAAUGGCUCAAUUUGGCAGAAUAGUUACUACAGUUUGUGGAUGUGAUUUUGUUAUGUUAAAUGAAUCUGUAUUUUAGGCUUAAUUUAAAAACAUCAUUUUAGGCAUCAGUUUAAAAGGGGGUGGGAGGGAGAUUCUGGAGUCUCAGGGAGUUCUAAUCAUGUCAUUGUAAAGGUUUAACACUGAGAGGUGCUUCCAUUAACUCUAGCAAUGGACUUCCAGAGCUAACAUUGGAAAAGCUUCAAAUUGUAAUUUUUUGAUAUUUAUUGUGUAAGUGUUGAAGAUUUUGAAUGAAUUACUUUUCAUUAACAGUAUCUCUUUUCUGAAGAGAGACGACUGUUCACCAUUCCCCUUGGUCAACCAAUUAUACUAGUUGGAUCAAUAUGAAGAUUUGGUACUUCUACUGCAUCAUUCUUUUUAUUUAAAUGGAAAUGGGAAAACAACAGGUUGAAUCCAAAGAAUUGAUCCCAUUUAGGAUCACAUGUUGUAAGUUAGAAUCUCUUAUUGGUAGUAAUUGAACUCUUUCAUCCAUUUGUAAAAUAACUGGGACAGAAUUGCACUCUCUGAAUGGAUGUUCUCUCAAACUCAGGAUUUUCGGAAUCCUCUUUCAAAUUUACUUGCUGCCAACUGUUUAUGGAACCACUGUGCUAUAUAUAGACUUUUAUGCUCACUGAGUGAAAAAGGCCACAAAUGGCUACUGUGAUUAGGUGAUUAAUUAUUACAUAAGACUCUUUUUACAAAUAUGUACAUAAUGUAUGGAAAAGCUUCACACAGUAGAAAAACAGGAAAUGAAUUUAAAAACAUGAAAGUUGUAAUUUGUGUAAUUAAGAUGUCUUUCAAAUACAAUUUUUGUGUUACAGCGCCUGAUAUUUGGGGUGGGAAUGAAGGAAGGGCAAAGUACAAUUACCCAUGGUAACUUUAUUAAUUAUUAAAUUAAUAUUACUAUUAAUAAAAAGUAACUUAAGCUUUUGACCCCCCCCCCCCAAAGAAAAAAGAGAGAGCAGUGUGAACUGCAAAAUCAUCAAACUGUCAUGUUUCAGAAGGGCCAUAUAGUUGGCAAGUGCAGGCCAAUCAGCUUAACCUCAGUGGUGGGAAAACCUUUUGAAACAAUAAUUCAAGACAAAACUAAGUCAUUUUGACAAAGAGAAAGGAAAGGUAGAAUUAAUUUUUUAAAAGGAAAUUAUUUUUUAACCAAGUUGGUUAAGAUCUUUGACGGUAAUGUGGUAGAUGUUCUAUGUAUCAACUUCCCAAAGAAUUCCAAAUAACUGCCACAGAACAGGCAUAUCAGCAAAGUUACUGCACAUUAAUUAAGAGGGGUAAUGGUCGUGUAGGUAUAAAAUAACUGAGUGACAGUUGCUUUUCAGACUGGACGUGAACUGAGGUUUUUCAGGAGUCUUAGAAUCACUGCUUUUCUAGAUCUGUAUCAAUAACUUUGCCUUUGGAUAUAGGGUACAGAUGACAGAAGAUUUAGAAGCAUUGCGGACAAUUGACUGAAAAGUAUGAAGUGAUACAUUUUGAUAAGGGGAUUGAGAAGAUAAAGGGUAUAAAGGUACGGAUGCAGACAGAUUUAAGACUAAAGGAAAAAAACAAAUAAGAAUUCGGUCCCUUGACCUUGCUUUGUCAGUAACUAGGUUCAUGGCUGAUCUGAUAUUCCUCACAUCCACUUUCCUGCCCUUUUCCCCAAACCCAUCAUUCCCAACUGAUCAAAUAUACAUAAGGACUCUGCCCUGCAGCUUUCUACGGGCAAGGAGUUCCAAAGACUUAAGUCCUUAGAAGAAACCUCUCCUCGUCUCAAUUUUAAAUUGCCCUCUCCUUUAUUUUAAGCCCAUGCCCUCUGGUCCGAGACUUUCUCAAGAGGGGAAGAAUCCUCUCAGCAUUUACCCUGUCGAAUCCCUUAAGAAUUCCCUAUGUUUCAAAUGAAGUCACUUCUCAUUCUUCUAAAUUCCAAUGAAUAGAAUCCCAACCUGUUUAACCUUUACGUAUAGUACAAUCCCUCCAUAGCAGGGACUAUCCAAGUGAAGCUUAUCUAAACUGCCUGCAAUAAAAUAAUAUCAUUCCUUAAAUAAAGGGACCAAAACUGCACGUAGUACUCCAGAUGCAGUGUUGGCAGUUCCUUGCACAGUUGCAGUAAGACUUCCCUACUCUUUGAUUCACAAUUCCUUGAAAUAAGGCCCAGCAUUUCAUUAGCCUUCCUGAUUACCUGCUGAACUGAUAUGCUAGCUUUCAGUAUUUUAUGCAUCUGUACCCCAAGUUCUUUUGUGUUCUAGCUUUCUGCAGUUUUUCUCCAUUUAAAUAAUACUGUUCUUCUGUUCUCUCCAAAACUAAACGACUACUGCAUUUGCCAACUUUCUUAAACAUAUCAAUAUCUUUCUGUAGACAGUUUUUAUCCUCCUCGCAACUUGCUAUUCCACCUAUUCUUGUGUCACUGGCAGAUUGGCUACAGUACACUUCCAAGUCAUUAAUAUUAGAUUGUAAGAAGUUGGGUCCCUGUACUGAUCUUUGUGGAACUCCACUGGUUAUGGGCCGCAAACUUGAAAAAGAAUUUCUUAUCGCCAUUCACCAUUUCCUUCCAUUAAUCAGUUCUCUAUACAUAAGAAUAUACUGUCUCUAAUACCACGGGUUCUUAUGACAUAGUUGUCAUUAUAUGUGUACAAAUCAUUGAUGAUGGCAGGUAGUGUUGAGGGAAACGAUUAACAAGACAAAUGGAACUAGUAUGGUCAACAAUUUUCCAAGGUCUAGCCAACUCCCAAAGUGAAUUAUUAUUUAUUUUCUUCACCCUGAGUAAGAUCUUGAGCUUUAUAAAUUGCAGGCUUCUGUAUAAAAGCAAACCCUGGUUGACUGUCAACAAUAAUAUGUCUAAUUGUGGGCAUACUUUAGAAACAAUCUGAAGGUAUUGGAGAGGAUGCAGAAGAGAUUACAAGAACAGUUCCAUAGUGAAGGCCUUCUACGAAAUGGAUAGAUUGGAGAAGUUGGGAUGGUCCUCCUUGGAGAACGCUGGCUGGAAAUGUGAUAAAGUUUGUUCCUAUCCCGGUUGAGACUGAAUUUCUUUUUACAAAAAUUUGAACAACCAGUUAUGAGCUGAGGAAAUGGCAUGUUCAGGCUUCAUGUUUUAAGACAUUUAUUGCAAUAAAUUACUAAAAACUA